CGGAUCACAAAACAUUUGUUGCUGCACAUUUAGCAUUAUUAAUAUAAGAAAUCAAGCAAUUCUUUAAGAAUAUCAAACUCAAACAAUUCAAAAAUAAACAUCUACUUUUAAGGCAUAAUGGUAGACAACGAAGAUAAAAGAACCCAAUUACCACAGAGUUUCUCAUUAGAUGACUUUGUGUAUGAACGACUUUUGUCAAAUAAUGCAAACCGUAAAGUUAUAUUUGUUCUUGGAAGGUGCUUUAACUUACCGGCAAUCGUUAUAUUGGAGAAGAUAGCAUUUACAGAAGAACAAUUUAGUGGAACUGACGAUAAGUCAACUAUUCUGAAAAACUCAUCCUUGGAGAAAAUCAUGGAAAAUGAUAUUUAUCAAAACAACUUCUGCAGAGUUGAUUCAGACUUGAACAAGUUAAAGGCAACAAUCAUAUAUCCAGCAACUGAAAAGCAUAUCAGCAAAUAUACAGAACAAAAGAUUUAUGUAUUGAAAGAAACUCCAGAAUUGUACAAGUCUGUUACUUUGCCAUGCUUAGAAAAGGAACAAUUUAAUUGUGACUGGGUCUACAACAUUCUCGAACAUCGCCAGGAAGUUGAUCGUAUAGUAAUUGAAGAUUUGAGCCCUGACGUAGGAUUUAUGCUAUUGCCUGAUUUAAAGUGGGAUGGGGUUACUGAUGAAACUAUGUAUGUAACAGCCAUAAUAAUGAACCGAAGUAUUAAGUCUAUCCGUGACCUCCGUGAAUCUCACCUUCCAUUGUUGGAAAAUAUCAAGUCAAAAUGCUUAGCAGCAAUUAAAGACAAAUACGGUGUCAAUUCAAACGAAGUUCGUGCUUAUUUCCAUUAUCAGCCCUCAUAUUAUCAUUUACAUGUUCAUUUCAACUAUUUGAAGUACGAUGCACCUGGAAUCUUCUGUGAUAAAGCUCAUCUUUUGGAUACAGUCAUCGACAACAUUAAAAUGGUUCCAAACUAUUAUGAAAAGGCAACUUUAAGCUUCACUGUCCGAGAAAAUGAUAAGCUUUAUGAUGCUUAUAAGUCGAUUGCAGAGGAAUGAAUGCUUUAUGAAUUUUUAUACUAUUAAUUGUUCUAUAAUCUUUUAUCGUACUCAAUGAAACUGAAUAAAAAGUAUUUCUAAGGAUAUUUUGAAGA